AACUUAACGCAGCGUCCCUCUCCGCCUCCGGCAGAGAACGCCACGACUGUUGCUCGGUGUGUUCGGCUCCUGAGACGGCUGCGCCCUCGCUCUGUUUGUUGGAUUUAACAACUUACCGUUCAGUUUCCGCGUUAUUAAUUACCCGCCGGAACUCAUUUAGUAACUCACCGGAAACAUGAAUGGCAAGUCAGCGAACGGUACGGCGGGGGGAAUGGCCUGUAUCGAGGGUCUGCCGCCGCUGCCGAAGAGCCUGAGCGGGCUGCUGAACUCGAGCGGCGGCUCGUGGAGAGAAAUGGAGAGGAUGUACGUGAAGAAAACCAUGAUCCAGGACGACCUGAGCCGAGGCAGGAAUAACACCGACAGCUUGCUGGCCAGCAAGCCGGCCAACCUGGACGCUGCCCUGGCUCUCCUGCGGAAAGAAAUGGUGGGUCUGCGUCAGCAGGACAUGUCGCUGCUGUGCCAGCUCUGGUCCCUGCAUGAGUCCAUCCAGGAGUACAAGGGCAGCUGCCACGACCUGAGCGCCGCCUCCAGCCUCAGCAUGAUGGAGAACGGCUACUUCGACGAGGACGACGAGUUCUACGCGGAGCCCGGAGCCACGCCCACCGGCGACCACCCGGGCGCUGUCGCCGAUGAGGAGGCGUCGCCAUUGGCGACGGCGGCCAAAAACGGCAAGGACAGCUGGGAGUCCUUCAACGUCGCCAUCUGAGGCCUCGAUCUGCGCGGUUUUUCUGCAGACGGAUCCAUGUUUUUUAGGGGGCGGAGCUAAGCUGUGAGAAGGGAGUGGCUGGUUGCCGACGGCAACGGACUGCCAAAGAGGAAUCCUGUCCGUCUGCAGAGCUGAGAUCACCUGGACUCCUUUACUCUGCUGCCAGUCACUCUUAUUUACUUUUUUUUACUUUUUUUUUUUGACAUAAUCAAAAUAUAUGAACAAAGUUUUAUUAUUUAUUACGUAAUAUAAAUAACAAAGUAUUCUUUUUAUUAUUAUUAUUAUUCUUUUUGCUCUCUUUGGAAGUUUUGUACAAAAGGUACAAGCAGAAAAGUUGGACUUCAAACCUGAAGGGUGGGAUUUUUUUUAAUUUUAAAGGUAUUUCCGACUCUUCGGUAACAGGGAGAGGAACUUUAAAUCGGUAAAAUGUUUUUCAGGUGAGAUCCUCCUUCCAGUAAACGGAGCAGAGCUGGUUUCCUGUACAGGGAGGAUUCGUGCAACAUUUUAUGGUCAGCGUAGCGUCCGCUCUCUGCGGUUACAACCAGCGUUUACUGAGCAGAACUUCACUCAAAACUUUAAAAGAAAAUCUGUAACCAUGUUUCUGUUUUCACGUUCAAGCUGCAAUGUUUGCAUAUUCCUAAAAUGUGCUGUUCGGUGGGAAAUCAGAGCAGAAUUAGCAGAAAUGAACUUUUCUUUGUGGCCUUGCUAUUUGAACAGCUGCAUUGUAUUUCACGUAUCUACAUCAAGCUAAACGUCUUUUUCAUUCUGGAAGUGUAGGGAAAGGUUCAGGGCUGGGCGAUGAAUCAAUUUGAUCAUUUUUGAGGAUUAAAUUCUUGGGAGAUUCUGGAUUUUUCUCCACCAAUUCACUCAUCGGGUUUCCAUAAUUCAGAGUGACCUCAGGGCGGCCAUCUUUGUUUGACAAGUUUGUUUACAGAUUAUAUUUAUUUCUACUUUGAAUUUAGUUCAACUGUAUGAUAAAAUAUUAGGAAUUUAUUUGUUUUUAAUUAACCGAGUCGUAUUACAGUAGAGUUUGAAAUAAUACAAAAAUAAAGUCGGAACUUUAUGAUAAAUUUGAAAUAAAGAUGAGCAUUUUGUGAACUUAUAAAUUAUUAACAGAAACAAUCAAAUCCUGGUAGCUCUGAAGUUUUUUCCUCAUUAAAACAACUUUUUUAAUUUUAAGAUGGUUUUUUUGGAUAAAAUUAUCCUUUUUUCUUCUAAUAUGAUUACAUUCUCAUAAAUAAACAUUUCUGUCUUACACCUCAGAAACUGGAUAGUUGAAAAUUUCUGUAAGUGAACAAAACAACAAAAUUGAUUGAAAUCGAAUCUGGGAUGAAAAAACUUAGAUUGGAUCUUUAAGCCAUAUCGCCCAGCUCUAAGAUGGAGGGACUUUAUAUUAAAAAAGUUUUAAUUCAUGGGAAAUUUCUGCCUCAUUUCAGAUGUAAAUGUUUGUCGACGAACACAUUCUGGAAUGAUUUGCUUGGUCUUCCUUCAUCUGUAGCGCGUAACAUCGCAGUUCUUCCAGGUCAGGCGGCCAUUUUGUUUUCUUAUCUGUCUUAGACCAAUGGCGGUCCUGCACUCUGCAUUGUAUUUAGUUAAAGGUGCUGAAUGAAUGAUCUCAUCUAAAGAAUGUUUUUAAAGUUACUCUGCAGUCAAACAAGCAGUUUUCUCUUCACAAACACUAAAUUUAUGACUAUAUAGUCAAAAAUAAGAUGCAUUAAAUCAUAUUUUUGUUUUGUUUUUUAUGGCUGCUGGUCAUUUCACCUCAAAGCCAUUUCAUUACCUGUCAGUUUUUGUCAUUUCAUGCUGGAAAAUGACCAUAGGUCAGUUCAUAUCAAGUCAUUUUGCAUUUAUUUACCUGCAAAGAAAUGAGUUUUAUCAACUCCAAUCCAUAAUUUUAAAACAUUUUAGCAUUUUAAAUCUCUGUCUUCCUUAUCAUCAUGUUAGAAAACUUCAAAAUGGCUGCCACUUGUUAAAAUCUAAUUUCUUUUGAGCUUCUGCAAAAAUCUAGAUUUUUUCAAUCUUUAUCAUGUAAUAAACUGAAUGUUUGGUUCUUUGA